CUUGACGAAUGGCGAUUACCGCUAUUGAAGUGAGACUGUGAUAGCCUAGUUUUGUGGAAUGUAUAAAUUUUUGUUAUUUUUAAUUUAAAAUUAUCAGAUAUUUCGAUUUUGCUACAUUAAAUCAUUAAGGACAACUUUUCUUCUAAAUAUAUUUUAAACAAUGGCUGAAGUACCAGAAAUGAGCUCUUCUACUCCCGAAGAAUUGCUGGCUGCGGGUCGACGACAUUUAGCAGUGAGAGACUAUACAUCAGCUGCGGAAACACUCGCUACAGCCUGUGAACUGCUUGCAAAGAAACAUGGUGAAUUUGCAGAUGAGUGUGCUGAGGCAUACUUAUGGUAUGGCAAAUCUCUUCUUGGUUUGUCAAGAGAAGAAAAUGGUUAUUUGGGUGACGGAGUAGCUGGGGGAAAUAAUGAAGAUGGGGACAAUGAAGAGGAAAAUGGUGAAGAAAAUGCUGAAGCGGAACAGAAAAAUGGAGAAAUUGCAACAGAAGACGGCGAUGAUGAAGAGAAUAAAGCUGAAGGGACAAAAGAAAAUGAUAAAACUGAACCUGAAUCAACUACUAAGGACGAAGAACCUGGAAGUAGUACGGAAAAUGAAGAAAAGCCAGGUACAUCAAAUGGGGAUGUAAAUGACGACUCUGUAGUUAAUCUGGACAAUGAAGACGAUGUGGAUAAUUUACAACUCGCCUGGGAAAUGUUGGAUCUAUCAAGAAACAUUCUUCAGAAGCGGGCAGAAAAUGGCAAGGAUGUUCGAGCUUUAUUGGCUGAAGUACAUCUCGCUCUCGGAGAAGUAGCGCUUGAGAGUGAAACUUAUGAUAAGGCUGUUGCCGAUAUGAUCAGCUGUUUGGACAUACAGAAAGAACUCUACAAAAGUGAUGACAGACACAUUGCUGAAACCCACUAUCAAAUUGGUCUGGCAAAUUCACUGGCAUCGAACUUUGAAGAUGCAAUCACACACUUCAAAAACGCUGCAAACAUUCUCGAAACUAGAAUAAAAACUCUGGAAAAUCCAAAGACAGUUUCAGAAUGUGCCACAGUUAAGAAAUACGCUACCACGGACCCAUUUUAUUCAGUGGAAGGUGAAAUUAAGGAAUUGAAGGAACUUCUACCGGAGAUACAAGAGAAAAUUCAAGAUAUGAUGGAUUAUAAAGCCGAGACUAUAAAAAGGGUACGUGAAACAUUAUGCCCUUCAAACGGAGAGAGCAGUAAUGGCGCCGGUUCAAGCAAGACGGAACAAAAGGCAUCAGACAUCUCCCAUCUCAUAAAAAGAAAGAGAAAGAACAGCGAAGAAGGAGGUUCAGCACCGAAGAGGGUUAAUACGUGAAUGAUGUUGGCAUAAUAAGCGUAGACAUUGAACUUAUUUUUUUUAUUAAAUUAAAUUAUUUUUAUAUAAACGUGUUUUCGUGGGUGAUCAAAAAAGUUAAGACUUUUUGUCUUUUUAAGUCUGUUGAUAUAACUUAACUUUAAACGUCUGUAAAAAAAUAUUAUUGGAACAUUAAAGCCGAAACUACAUUGUGUAAAUAUCAAUGUUAGUUGUUAAAUUCUAUGAAUAAGCGAAGUUGUUAUGAGAGAUGAAGACCUAUAUUUUAAAUGGAAUUUGUAUCCAACAAAAUUUUAUAAAUUUUAUUUUUGAUUGUCUUUGGAUCGAGGCUUGUCUUUUGCCAAUUGGACGCAGACGUGGCCUAAAAACUAUAAGCAAAAUAAGAAGUGAAUGAAAAGAAUUAAUGUUACGCGUUAAAGCUAGAGUGAUGUAAGUGAAUUUAGUUGAUAGGAUUUCUUAUUUAAUAUGUAAUCAUAGUUAAGGACUAUAAUGUAAGAUGAUAAAAAUAUUUUGUUUAAUUAAACAUGGCGAAUUAUG